AUGGCAAAGGCCAUGACAGAACAAAGUCACUCCUAUGCUACUCCCCAGGACAGGAUGGCACCAGAUGGUAUAGAUCAUUCUGGUGGUUGGGAAGGCAGCCAAGGGGGCAAGAAAGGUCGGAAUCAAACCUUAAAAGGCAAAAGGAAGAAGCUUUGGUACGACAGCCCUAUCCUGGGAUCUAAGAUGAUGUAUAAACCAACUGAAUUUGCCUCUGUAAAGAAAGAUGACCAUACGAAAAUUAGGAAGGAAGAUAACAUGCGCUGCAGAGUCUUGAAUAGUCUUAUUCAUAAAGCUGUGGCAGAGAUGAUGAUGACCUGUGAAGUGAAUGAAGAACUUUUUGAACUCAAGCUGGAAAUCUGCAAGGUGUCCCUGGCAUCAAACUUUUCAGCAUGUCGUGUGUACUGGAAUCCUGCUACUACUAAGGAGAAAGAAAGUUACGUUGAAAGUGUAUUGCAGAGGAGUGCUCCACGUAUACGGUAUCUUCUGAAGAGCCAGCAGAUUCUAGGAAAUGUACCUCCAAUAGUAUUUGUAAAAGACAAAGAAGCUGCAGCAGUAAAAGAGAUUGAGGAAUUAUUGUCAGUUGCUGAUUUUGGGCCUUCAGAAGUGGAAGAAACAUCUCAAAAUUACUCUAGUAAAAUGUUAUCUUCAGCGACCCAAUCUUCAGAUUCACCCAUGCGGUCUAAUCUUUUUGGUAUUGAUCAUGAACUGCUCAAUAAGCAGAUAAUGGACUACAAAAGACUGAAAGUGUCAAGACAUCUAGAAAGCAUUGCCUGGACAGAAGAGCAGGAGCAGCAGCUUUCUAAGAUUCAAAAGAAGAUUAAAAAGAAAAAAAUAAGGAAUCCUGAUGAUGCCACUAGCCCACAGGAAUACUUACUGGACAGAUAUGAAGCUGAUUACUGGGAUGAUAACACUGGAUCAGAUUCAGACUGUGAGCUGGAGGAUGAAUUACAGGAAGAAGUAAACAAAUUGGAGGAGGAUGAUGACAAAGCUAAGAAUACUAAUAAACUGAAAUGA